GCCUUAUCGCCGCCUUUGAGAGAAGUGAUAUUCUGCAGUUAAUAUCCCGGAUUCGUACAAAAAGCAUCACACAGAUUAACCAGAUACUCGAGUGAUUAACCAGAUUCUCCAGUGAUUAACCAGAUACUCCAGUGAUUAACCAGAUACUCCAGUGAUUAACCAGAUACUCCAGUGAUUAACCAGAUACUCCAGUGAUUAACCAGAUUCUCCAGUGAUUAACCAGAUUCUCGAGUGAUUAACCAGAUACUCCAGUGAUUAACCAGAUACUCCAGUGAUUAACCAGAUACUCCAGUGAUUAACCAGAAUCUCCAGUGAUUAACCAGAUACUCCAGUGAUUAACCAGAUACUCCAGUGAUUAACCAGAUUCUCCAGUGAUUAACCAGAUUCUCGAGUGAUUAACCAGAUACUCCAGUGAUUAACCAGAUACUCCAGUGAUUAACCAGAAUCUCCAGUGAUUAACCAGAUUCUCGAGUGAUUAACCAGAUACUCCAGUGAUUAACCAGAUACUCCAGUGAUUAACCAGAAUCUCCAGUGAUUAACCAGAUACUCCAGUGAUUAACCAGAUUCUCCAGUGAUUAACCAGAUUCUCGAGUGAUUAACCAGAUACUCCAGUGAUUAACCAGAUACUCCAGUGAUUAACCAGAUUCUCCAGUGAUUAACCAGAUUCUCGAGUGAUUAACCAGAUACUCCAGUGAUUAACCAGAUACUCCAGUGAUUAACCAGAAUCUCCAGUGAUUAACCAGAUUCUCGAGUGAUUAACCAGAUACUCCAGUGAUUAACCAGAUACUCCAGUGAUUAACCAGAUACUCCAGUGAUUAACCAGAUUCUCCAGUGAUUAACCAGAUACUCCAGUGAUUAACCAGAUACUCCAGUGAUUAACCAGAUUCUCCAGUGAUUAACCAGAUACUCCAGUGAUUAACCAGAUACUCCAGUGAUUAACCAGAUACUCCAGUGAUUAACCAGAUACUCCAGUGAUUAACCAGAUACUCCAGUGAUUAACCAGAUACUCCAGUGAUUAACCAGAUUCUCCAGUGAUUAACCAGAUACUCCAGUGAUUAACCAGAUUCUCCAGUGAUUAACCAGAUACUCCAGUGAUUAACCAGAUACUCAAACUCUGUUAAAAUGACUGUCUUCAAGAUGGAAAGCAGUCGGUAGGAGGCAAGAUCAGAUGGGACCAUUCUAGCCAAUGAGAGGACAGAUCUCCGAUAUAAAGUUGUUUUUUUCUCUCAAAUGUUUCCGCGAUAUCACGUGUCCUACUUAUACCGGUAACGUUACACUCAUAACAACUUAAACAAUACGAAACUUAUAUUCGAUCAAAUAAAGCCACACCUUGCAAAUAAAUCAUUACUUUUUUUGUUAACCAAAUUCCACACUCAUUGUAAAUAAGAAUUUGUUCUUAUUCACUGACUUGCCUAGUUUAAAUAAAGGUUAAAAAAAAAAACUUUCAAAAAACGCCACCUGCUGGAUAAGACAGAUUUUGGGCCCAUUUAUCAAUCUCUCUUCGUCUCAACCUCUGAUUAUCAUCAUCAUCCUCCCAGGCCAGCUGUGCUGUUUUAGCUGAUCGCAGUUUAUGCGAUAACAGAGGCAACGGAAGGUUUGGUUUCCAGAGCCCUUAUUUUUCUCGCUUGGUAAUGGGCCUUGUUAAUAAAAGUUCUGCAACUGGCUAGUUCGAGCUAGCUAGUGAGCUAACUACACGGAUUUGUUUUGUGCGUGCCUGUGGUUUUUACAGCCAGAAAGCGAAAUAUUACGUUUCCCCGCUUUGAUAAUUGAUACUUUUGUAUCGACCUCUAGAGUCUAGAUACUCGUAGCUUUUGAACGGACAGAAUUAUUGGACAGAAUGUAUUAUUUUGGCUGAGGACAGAGCAUGACAGACAUUAUUAUAAUAACCAUCAUUCAUCUACCCUGGUGCUCCGUUCAGUCCAGUACGCCGCGGUGUGAGUAGCCCAUCCGGGAAGCGCACAUCAGCAGAGGACCAUCCUAUGCGCCUUCUUGGGUGUCGGGGCCGAGAGGUGCUAAGUAUUCCCAGAGCAAUUACGUCGGAGUGAGAGGACGACGUUGCCUUGCCAUCUCAGGAUUAAACCAUGGCUAAUGAACCUGUCAUCCUUAAUGUGUAUGAUAUGUACUGGAUCAACGAGUACACUUCCACUCUGGGUGUUGGAGUCUACCACUCAGGCAUUGAGAUCUAUGGCCGAGAGUUUGCGUAUGGAGGUCAUCCGUACCCAUUUAGUGGUAUAUUUGAAAUAAACCCUGGAAACACCACUGAAUUAGGAGAGACCUUCAAAUUCAAGGAGGCCAUCGCUUUGGGCACAACAGACUUUGCUGUGGAGGAUAUGGAUAAAAUCAUGGAGGACCUGGGAACAGAUUUCAAGGGCAACUCCUACCAUCUAAUGCACAAGAACUGCAACCACUUCUCAUCCUCGCUGUCUGAGCUGUUGUGUGGGCGUGAGAUCCCUCGCUGGGUGAACCGCCUGGCCUACUUCAGCUCCUGCGUGCCCUUCCUCCAGACCUGCCUCCCUAAGGAGUGGCUGACCCCCGCUGCCCUCCAGAGCCACAUCAGCAUGGGGCUCCACAAGGAUGAGCGGGAGGCCGGAGAGUCCAGCGACGAGGACCCCAACUCAGCCUCCGGGACCACUGGGGCUGGCACCGGAUCCUCACACAGCUGUCGCCAUACACGAGUCUGAACCAAUAACUGUAGGUCUGAAGAGAAUAGCCAAUAGGACUAUCUUUCAAUGACCUUUGACCUCUGGACCAGAAGGUCACCAGCUCAGCCCUGCAGGGGAUGUGUAGUGAUAUUAUAUCUGUGGGCCUGACUGAAUAACCACCUGACCUCAUAGUACCACCACUCUGAGAACAGAGACGUGGGACGGAUGAUUAGUUAGCCUGCUAGUACUAACUCAUAAAGCCGCCGGGCCAAGGGGACCUGCAAAAUCCACUUGGAUCCUUUUCCUGCUUUUCUCCCUUUUUUAGAGUACGAUAGAUAUAUUCUGAAGGAUUUGUUAUAGGCGUUGACAAACUAACUCAGACCAUGGCAUGGUUCUCUCAGAUGGACCACGGCUACAUUAUGUAGGGGCGGCAGGGUAGCCUAGUGGUUAGAGCGUUGGACUAGUAACCGGAGGGUUGCAAGUUCAAAUCCCCGAGCUGACAAGGUACAAAUCUGUCGUUCUGCCCUUUGAACAGGCAGUUAACCCCCGGUAGGCCGUCAUUGAAAAUAAGAAUUUGUUCUUAACUGACUUGCCUAGUUAAAUAAAGGUAAAGUAUGUACUAUAGGGCUGGGGUACUUUCUAGUGUUUGUCUUUUUCCCAGGAAUUUUUAAACCUUUGUCAGCCUUCAUCCCUAAUGCCCUCCUUUCAGAGCAGCUUCUUCUUUAGACUAGACGUAUAUCUGACACCACAGAGAUGCACCCUAUGCCAAUUUUUGGGAUGCAGUCUUAAGUAUCUCUCAGUCUAAGACUACUGGUAUUGUGCCAUUAGCAGAAGAGGUUCAAUAACUCCCUUACUUGGCCUUCAGUUGUAAUCAUCAGUGAUGCCUGUUUUGUUGAUGUGUUUGGGGUAAGUUAAUAUGCUGGCCAUUUUAGAAGUUGAAGAAGCAGAACCAUAUAUAGCGAUAUAUAUAUUCUCUGUUUGGGAGUAACUACCUGUGGGUUGUUUUGAACGAGCACGUUUCUGUUAAACGUCUUAACUGGAAACAAUGUGUCAUGAAAAAGCAAAGGAUUUGACAACAAGAAGUGAAGACAUCUAAAUUUAAUCUCUGAUCGUAUUCAUUUUAUCAUAUGAAUAUUUAUAUUAUAGGGUGUUAUUUGUCCAUAGCAUGGUCUCGUGCAUUGUUUAACAAGAUGGUGUCUUGCACCCCCAUGUAUUUUUGCCAAUUUACCACUAUCGUGAAUAACACUGUCAGAUGACUCUGAAAGUCACACUCUUCUUCCAUGGAGAUCUUUCACGAUGAAACUCAUAGUAACUGUUGAAUCACAGGCCUUGGAUGAUACUCACCGCUGCCUCCCCUACUGCCUUCCCAGCUGAUUUCACAGAGUGAUUGAGUUGGUGUGUAUGGGGGGGGCUGGGUUACAGUGGGAGCAUUGUGUGAAGGAAAAGGGGUUUUGUUUUCUAAAUGUCUUUUUUUAAAUUGAUGUGGAAAUGUCUCUGAAUGAGUCGGAUUUACACACUUGCUCCCUGAAACAAGGGGGAAGUGGUCCUACCAGUCAAGUCCUGGACUAGUGUACUAAACUGACUACUAUCCCAUUAAAAAACAACAUAAAUAAUGCUGUUUUCAGAUGAGACAGACAUGAGGAUACAUGUUAUUCGACCUUUUCGGUUCAUGUGUUUAUAAUGCUGCACUUGUAGAUUCAAUAGUAUGGCUUGUGAAGCCCACUCCAUUGUAUUCCUGUAGAAUAAUAUUGUCCUUUCUUUCUCUUCUCCUUUGCCUACUGUCUCUGUCUGUCUGCCUCCACCCCCUCUGUAACCCCAUCCCCCUCUCAGGAAGGAAAUCACAUGACCUGUGGUUGUUACACAGGUGUCUCAUUACCAUACACCAUCUCCAUGACAACUGGGUGGGGGGGAAACUAUUUAUUUGUUUAUAUACUUAUAUUUUUAAAUAAUCUAUAUUUGUAUUUAUUUUUUAAUGCAGUAACUCCUUUUUUUUUGCAUUAUCAGGAAGAUGUGUGUUCUUGUUGAAGUGGGUUCUAUAGAGGUCAGUGAAUUGAACCCAUGGAUUUGAAAUGGGUUCCAUAGAGGUCAGUGAAUUGAACCCAUGGUUUGAAAUGUGUUCUGUAAAGGUCAGUAUUCCAUACUUUACCAUUGACACUUUCUACAGAGAAGAACAGUCGGAUAACUUUUUCUAUUGUGUCAAUUUUAACCUCAAUUGGUAAUGUGCUUUUCCCUGAAUUGAAAGACGAUGCCACAAUUUUAAGAAUGGUAAUGGAAUAAAAAGAUACAUGAAUAACACCAAUA